AUCCUUCAUUCCUUGUAGUCCGGUUCUUGUAACUUCAGACGUUGGAGAGAGAGAGAGAGAGAGAGAGAGAGAGAGAGAGAGAGAGAGAGAAUGUUUGAGCACAUAACAACAAUUGAAUUGGCAGGAUACGGGGUGGGCGCCUUCCUCUUGUGUGCCACCAUCUCUGCCCCCAAAAUCGACUCCCUCAUUUCUACUUCCCAGCGAAGCUCAAUGGGAAUGUGCAAAAGAUGUGGUGAUCUGAAGAUGAUAGCAUGCUCGGGAUGUAAAGGAUUAGGACUAAUCAAAGAAGGUGGACCAUUCAACAUUAUUCCAGUCGAUAACGUUUAUCAGUCGAAGAUGAGAUCCAUAGGGUGCACCAAAUGUCAAUCUAGAGGGAGCUUCAGCUGUCCUGAAUGCGCUAACCUUAGCGAGAAUUGAUAACAUCUCUUUGCACUUUUGUACCAUCGAAUAUAAUAACAUUUUGCUUUUCUGUUCCAGAAGAUACAUGCAAGUUAAAAAUGUGAUACCACUGUUUUAUAUGCAAUCUUUAUAAUC